ACAAAGAGAACACUGCUGCAGACUUCCACCUAAGUGGCUUUGUUCCUGAGAGCACAGACGAACCCCCUGACCUGUGUCUCAGUGGCUUCAUCCCAGAGAGCAUUAGAAACACUGAAAGCCAUCAAAUGAGAUGUGUUCCUCAAAGCAGAGAUACCAACAGGAGCAACCAGAAAUCAGUGGCGCUGUCCAGGCUGGCCUCAGACCUGACCAGUAUGGUGAACAACCCCCAGUUCAGUGAUGUCCAGCUACAGGUGGACAGUGGGGAGGUGUACUUCACCCAUUCAUUCAUGCUGUAUGCUCGAUGCCCCCUGCUGGCGCAGAUGGUCCAUGACAGUGGAUUCGGGGUGCAGGAGGACUGCAUGCCCUCAGCCCAGAGGGUGUUGUUGGGUGAGGUACCAGGCCAGGCAGUGUAUACCCUGCUCCAGUACCUCUACACAGCCCACUGCCCYCUCACACGCACCCUGCUGCCACACGUUCAGGAGCUAGCAGCCAGCCCACUAUCACACCAGCUCUACCACCCACAGAGCCCGAAACCUCACGCUCUGGCUCAGAGAGUGGCCCAGCUCAAGACUCCAGUGGCCCCCCGUAGGAAAGGCCAGCAGGGCCCCCUGGUCCCCAUCACCCCCAUGCCCAGCUACUCUGACAUGGACACACCUGACCUCAAGAACAAGCUCAACCGAUUCGGUGUGCGUCCCUUACCCAAGCGCCAGAUGAUCCUGAAGCUCAAGGAGAUCCACCAGUACACCCACCAGGUCGUCAGCUCAGAGUCCGAGGACGAGGCACCUUCCCUGGGUCGCCCCAGAGCYGUCGGGCCCCCACCCWCCACCUCCUCCAUGGAGCCCACCAGAAAACCAGUGUCCUGUGCCCAGACUGGGGGGUUUAAAGAGCCUAGUGGAAGAGCAGCACCUACCGUCUCCCUGGUSAAACUGCCUGGUGGGGAGGACAUGGAGCCUCUCUCUGCCUCUCAGGGAUCCAAUACGUCCUCCACAGCACCCAGUGAAGACUCUGAGAGGUCUAAUCCAGAGCAGUGCCUAUCUCACGACUCGGAUAACGAAGACAUUACUGCCUCGCAGUCUGCCUCCAAGCUCCAGGACAACCUYGUCGCUGUCCGUCGUUUCAUCCAGUCAGACCCUGACCUCUACGGGCAGAUCCUCCUCUACCAGCCCCUGGUCCUGUCAGACUUUCAGGACAGACUCAAGGCCGCAGGUAUCCGGCUGGGGGGCGCCAAGCUACUAGACUACCUGGAUUCCCAGUGCAUUACGUUUACCACAGCCAAGCCUGGACUGAGGGGAGGAAGAAAGAGAAAGGUGAAGGGGGCGACCAGGGCUGGAGGGAGGGGAAGGAGAGGGAGAGGGGCAGCUAAAACAGCAGAUUGAAGUUACCUUUGAGGGGAUGCAGUGGAGGCAAAGGUGGAUUUUGAAARGAUUUGCGGGAAAUAAUUGAGUCUAAACUAAAUCAGUGGCAAUUAAGGCUGUAACGUGUUACUACCAUUCUGAGUUCUAGUUGGAUGUUGAACUGUUUCCUGUUUAUAUUGGUUGGAUGUUGGAUAAUUAAGUAUAAUUAAGUAAUGUUUAUGUUCUCUUCCUAGUGUCAAGUCCUAUUUUUACAGCAUGCUAUACUACUCUGGGUUAUUGAACUAUGCUGUCCACAGCCAAAAUAGUUAACAUUCAAAACCCCUGGAUUACCUGGGAAUAACUCCAGCACAAAGCAAAAUCGUGAAAAAUAUUUUACUGUUUUUGUUUUUCUCCAAAGACCAGCCAAGAAAUAGACUUCAUUCAAUCUGAGCACAACUCAUGUUGGGGCAGGGAGGUACUUGUUAAAAGAAAACACAAGCAGAAGAAAAAUCACAGAUACUCUUCAUUAAUUAGUUCUUCUGGUUGAUUAGCCAAUCAGGAACAGGCAUUUUCCUUGGAGGUGGAGCGUUCAGUCUAWAAGGUCAAAGUUCGUAGCUUCAGGACCAUUCAGGGGUACAGCAAUGUGUGCGUGUCACACACUCCUAGCACGGUGCAGAUAUCAGUAUUCCUUUGAACCCAAAAUACUGGGUACAAAAUACAGGAAGCCCACUAAACUGUAGCUUCAGAACCAGAAUGUCCUCUCUCCACCCCUCCUGCACCUCUUCUUCUGAUCACAGCUUGGCCCUGUGGCUUC